AUGCCCAGCUCCCCAAAAUGUCUGUCUCUUCUUCUGAUCAACAAUCAACUCUCGACCGAGGCUCGUGCAGUCCUUGACCGCGGAAAGCUCGACUAUGUUGUUGACAUUGCUGUCAAGAACGAGUUAGACCUUUUUCUGACUUGGCAGUCUGUGCCACCUCUUGAAACCCAUAUAUCGACCCUCUAUUCAAACGUGCGACUUUUCGGCCCCAUCAUCGACAGUCGUACGAUCGGUAGACAACUUGGCGACGGUGGCUGGACAGGGUUUCAUUGGUCCUUCUUUGCGGCGCUGGAAAGGUUUCUUCGUUACGGGCCCGUCAGGGAAAAGCCGCACCAACGGGAGGAGGGGCCUCCAGGAUUAGGCAUUUCGGCAGACCUGGAACUUACCUUCCCCCCGAAUAAUGUCACAUUCAAACAUUGGAUGCACCGUCACAACGGCUUUGAUCGAUUUCCCAGCAGAUACUCGGGGGAGAUCUCAGAGACAUUGUCAUCAUACAAGCCGCGCCCGGAGUGGCUCUGUGAAUACCUUCACCAGAGGGUAAUUGGUCUUCUGAGCAUGGGAUAUCAUGUCUCAUCUUUCGGGAUGCCUCUAUAUGACCAUAUUGGAACUAUCCAGAUGCUUGUUGAUGGACGGCUGCAAUUUGAAAUCGACCUUUCCAGUCACUUAGCUGGUCGCCGUUUCACCGAUGCAGGUAGUAUGAUGGGCCAUCUAAAUCACGAGGACAGGGAAACGGGAUUUUGGAAAUGGAAAACGGAAACCUUGCUUAGAAGAGAGGCUCAAGGCUUCCCUGUGGUACGGCCAUCGGAGGACGAGUGA